AUGUGUCUUUACUCCUAUACUAUUGGCACAGUCGCCGAAGUAUGCCGCCUUAGUGAAAUAGCAAGUCAGUUGGCUAGCUCCAAACUUCAGCAAUUAUUGCACUUGCCAAAACAAACUUAUCUUAUAGGCUUCACAAAUGCUCUAUCAGAGGGCACCAUUUUCUUAGCCUCUGCACACCAUGUUGAAGCUGCGCUGCUCGUGGAUGCGAUUUGUGCGCGUCUGCCCUACCACGGUUAUGGCUACAGGAAACUGGGUACUGCUUUCGCUUUUUGA